UGUCGCCAGUCGCGUAAACUGUUAACACCGACAAUCCCCCUACACAGAAAAAAAUAUGUAAAUGUACACUUCGUGUAACCCAUGUUUUUAAUGUAAAAAUGCUUAAUGUAAUAAUUAAAUCGCAUGUAAAUGACCAAAUACUAUGUAAAUGGCAGUCAUGUAAAUUUUAAUUUGAUGGAAUUGAUAAAUCGCCUGUAAAAAAAUCUGCCUUCUAAGAACUGACAGAACCGAAAACAUGUAAACGAUGUAAAAAAGCGACUAAUGUAAAAAUGUGUCCAUAUAACUAAAACAAAAAGCGUGUAAAUUUACAUUGCGGCAAUUCGUGUUGACUUGACAGCUGAAAGCAUUUGUUUUCCAUAAUUUUGUUGGACCGCAAGGCAAAUGGAUGUGUUUUUGAAGAAAAGUAUCAAUUUUAUUUACUAAUCAAAUCAAAAUUAUUCGCCUUUCGUUAUGCAACGAAUUUCGUAGCAAGCCCCUCGUCGUUUUCGUCGUGGUUUGAGAGAAACGGGAAAUGUCAAUCCAUUUGUUUAUGUUUUCGUUGCAAAUUUGUUCGCUCGCCAAAAACUUGUGUUUUUUCCCCGCAGCAGUGGCAAACAAAAGUUAUUUUUAUGGAUGGCGCAGAUAUGCCGAAACCGUGAUCUGUUUUCGAAGAGUAUGGCCACGGGCCGUUUCACGUCGGCCGCCGGUUUGGUGUGGUCCCCCAGUGAACUGUUGACAGCCGUGUUUGCCGUGGUGCGUUCGCUAUCAGUGGCCGGAUUGUUCUUCAGUUGCGCUGGCACCCUCAAGACGCGCUCGAUGGGAAUCUCUUCGAAGAAUCGGUCUGGGAUUGCGGGGUUCGUUUCAAGCAAGAUUUACGAGAUGAGCGCUUAUGUGCUCAAUGCUCGUAGGAUGCGAUGCCACCUGUUGGCCAUGCAGAACGGACUCACAAAGUCCACCAACAAAGCAGGAAUGCCCCAUACCACGUCACAGCUGAACAACUACAACGGCAACUCCACCGAUUCUUCUAACCGAAUCUCCCGUCCAACGGCCCUGUUCAGCUCGUCAGACACGGAUUACUCCAUCCGGACGGCGGUGUCGAUUCCGCGGGAUGCUCCCAUUAGCAGCGAAUUGAGCCGGAAGCACAAACAGGCCAGCUGAUGUACAUCGGUCGCCGAUGUUUUGAGCGCCUGCAGAAACUGCGCCUACUGGUUGAUCUUGGCCAGAUGGCAAUGG